UAUUGUAUGUUCAUGACAGAUAAAAAAGCUUGGUGUAAAUCUAUUUGGCAUGCUUGGCUUAACAAAUCGAAUCCUGCAUGUCCAGCAAGCAUCUAAUCCUUCUAAAUAUGACGAAGAUAAGCAAAGACUGGCGGGAAGACAGGCUGAAGAUCACAUUGAAAAUCUCUUAAAAGAACUUGGUGGUAUACCCAAUUGUAAUAUAUUUCGUUCUUUACGUGUACCAGACGAAUUUCAAACAAGAAGGCAUGAAAUUGACUUGAUUGUGCUUACAAAUUAUGGUUUGUAUUGUAUAGAAGUAAAAAACUGGGCAGGUAAACUGAUAUCGUGCAAAAAUGGCGAUUUUUGGGAACAAAGGAAAACGGUAACAAAGGAAAAUAAAACAUUUUCUCAGCAAACACAAUAUCCUAACCCACUGUCAGAAUCAAAAAAGAAAACAAACAUUCUUAGACUUCACCUUUUAAGGUCUGGAGUAUGUUUACCAGAGAGCAAAUGCACUUCCCGUGUUGUUCUUACAAACAAAUCUUGCAAAGUUGACGACACAAUUAAAAACGACCCAACAGUGAUACGCUACGAAAAUCUCCACAUAUUUGCUUUGUCAUUUCAACAAAGUUAUUCCACAAUCUUAACUGAUAUGGUGGUACCGUCAUUUUUUCGCGGGACUCUCUCAAGCACACAGUUGCAGCAAAUCAGAGGCUCAUUGGGCCAGAUUGGGACCUGGGAUGUCCUUCAACUAAAUGGUGGAAAAAAGUUGAUUGGAGAUUACAAAGGUUGUACAGAAAUUAGUGUCAAUCGAAAAGAAGUCAACCAAAUGGUAUUUUCUCAUUCUCGUAACUCGACAACUGGAACUUUUUGGGCUGUCCUUGGAUAUUCCCCUACCACAUGUGUAACUAUGUACAAAAGAGAACAAACAAGUUGGUUUACAAAGGAAAUAGUUGCCAGCGUUACCCUGCCAUAUAACCACAACAUUGGCUUUAAAAUAGCUGGUGAUACAACUGAAGCAAAAAUAUCAGCAAAUGAUAUCGACACCAUUUUUUUCAGUACUUAAUGAUUUUAUUUUAAUAAUUGUUUGUACUCAAUUGCCUUUUCUUCCUUUUACAGCAUUUCUCAGUAUUAUGUAAAGUGUACAGCUUCAAUUUCUUGUGUCAAUAUGCGCCAAUCGUUACUGUUUUAUUUUGUACAAUACCCGCAAAACUGUGUUUACCUUUUCAUAUGUACAAAGCCUAUAUUCAUUGUUGUACUGGGAAAAGCCCUUACGAAUCAGUAGGGCAUUAAAAGUGUGAAAUUUUUAUAGUUUAAGUUUGACAUUGGUGCCUGGUGUAAAAUGGAACGGUAAUAACCUGAUGUAUAUUUUUGUACUAAACGCUUUGAUUGAGGGAUAAAUAAACUGUAUUUUAGUUGUAAA